AUGCACCCGGCAGAUCUUGCGCUUUCUCUCUUACUCGGUGUGAUCGUUGUUGUGUCGUUGCUGUCCAACGUGGUGGUGCUGAUUUGUUUUUUGUAUAACGCUGAGAUUCGCAGACAAGUGCCGGGUUUAUUUAUCCUCAAUCUUACUUUCUGCAAUCUUCUUCUGACGGCGUCCAACAUGCCUUUGACUCUAGUUGGGCUGAUUAGUAAAAGUCACCCUGGCGGUCCGAGCUUCUGUCAAUUCAUUGGAUUUCUGGACACUUUUUUGACAACAAACUCUAUGUUAAGUAUGGCAGCUUUAAGUGUAGACCGCUGGGUGGCCGUGGUAUUCCCGCUUAGUUAUCACUCUAAAAUUCGCCACAGGGACGCAGUGAUAGCCUUGGCAUACACGUGGCUUCAUUCUUUGACAUUUUCUCUGGUGGCGAUAUGUCUCUCCUGGGUCGGAUACCAUCAGCGGUAUGCGUCCUGCACACUGUGCAAUGGCAGGGCGAGCAGCAUGAGGACUCCAUUUAUCAUUUAUACACUGGUCCUGUACUCCCUCACGUUCCUGCUGUCUUUGGUCGUGCUCUGCGUUACAUACCUCAAAGUGCUGAAAGUGGCGCGAUUUCACUGCAAGCGCAUCGAUGUGAUUACCAUGCAGACGCUCGUGCUGCUCGUGGACAUCCACCCGAGUGUACGACAACGUUGUCUGGAUGAACAGAAGCGAAGGAGACAGAGAGCGACCCGUAAAAUCAGCACCUUCAUUGGGACUUUCGUCAUCUGUUUUACUCCUUAUGUCAUCACCAGGGUUGUAGAGUUGUUUGUAGCAGAUCCCAUCAGCCCAUAUUGGGGUGUUCUUUGUAAGAGUUUGGCAUACAGCAAAGCUGCGUGUGAUCCAUUCGUUUACAGUCUCCUGAGACACCAGUAUCGCAAAACCUACAGUGACCUCAUCAACCGAUUACUGAGGAGGAGUUCCCUGAAUGCGUCCGGACAUAGACAGGAGAACGGGAAGACCAACACCAAACCCACAGAGUGA